GAUAAAGUCCUGUCUCUCUUGGUUUCUACUAGAGAGAUAGAGAGAGAGACAAAGGAGAUCCGUAAAAAAAGAACCCAUUUUGUUACUGUCCAGGAAGAAGGAAUAAAAAAAUUCCUGGUUUUUUUUAGAGACACAAAACAUAUAAAUAAAUAAAUAAAUAAAUCCCAUUAGAUUCUAGUUGAAGGGAAAAAGUUGACCAAGAAAAGGGUAUUGGAUUUUCACAUACCAAGACAAUUACAUUGAAUUUGCCUUGUGGGUAUUGUUGUUCUUUUGAUUUUGGCAAAGGGUUUUGAAAAAGAGAGAAAAUGUGGUUGGCAAGAAGUCAUGCAGAUAGAAGAGGAGGAGGAAAUGGGUUGGUGGCAGUGGCAAUAGACAGAGACAAAGGUAGCCAAAAUGCACUCAAAUGGUCUAUUGAUCAUUUGGUCUUGAAGGGCCAGACCCUUAUUCUCCUCCAUGUCAAGCUCAAACCUGCAUUGCUUUCCUCCUCAGCAUCUCUUUCUUCCCAAAGGCUACCCCGUUUGACAGGUAUUGUUGAUGUAAAUUCACUGAUAUGCAAAGAUCCUGAUCAACGCACAAGAGAAAUGUUCCUUCCUUUUCGAUGUUUUUGCACACGUAAAGAUAUAAAUUGCAAAGAUAUUGUACUAGAAGACACAGAUGUAGCCAAAGCAUUAAUUGAAUAUGUAAAUCACACGGGGAUUGAGAAUUUGGUUGUUGGUGCCUCAACAAAAACUGGCUUUCUCAGAUUCAAGGCAACAGAUAUUCCAGGCUCAGUAGCAAAGGGAGCACCAGAUUUUUGUAGCGUAUAUGUGAUAUCCAAAGGAAAAAUUCAGUCCAUGCGAUCUGCCUCGCGUCCUGCACCACCAUCCUCACCUUUUCGUAGCCACCUUAUUAACCAAUCUAGCAUCAAAUCAGAUGCAUGGGAUCCAAAUCUCCAUCAGUCUACUACUCCUAAGAAAGGAACAGAAAAGCCACCAGUUGAUUUAUUUCAUAGAAUGCAAGAUGAUACAGAUAUCAUGAGGUCACCAUUCUCUAGAAAAGGCUAUGAUGGAAAAUCAUAUGGGGAACUCACUCUGCCUGAUUCUGACAUAUCCUUUGUUAGCUCCGCGAGGCCCAGCAUUGACCAGAUGUUCACUGUAUACGACAAUUUAGAUAUAGGCAGCACCCCCUCACGGAUGUCACUCACCUCCACAGAGGUAGACAUGAAAGAAAACUUUGAUAUAAUGCAGAUAGGACGGAAGUCACUGGAAAUCGGUUCUCCACCACCUGAAUUUUCAAAUCUCUCACAGGAAAAUGAUAGGCUAUCAAACUCAGCGCAAACAGCGGAAGACGUGGAGACUGAAAUGAGGAGGCUAAAACUAGAACUCAAGCAAACAAUGGAAAUGUACAGUACUGCCUGCAAAGAAGCACUAACAGCAAAACAAAAGGCAGUAGAGCUGCAGCGCUGGAAAUUAGAAGAAGAGCGAAGACUGCAAGAGGCACGAUUGGCUGAGGAAGCUGCAUUGGCGCUUGCAGAAAAGGAGAAGGCCAAGUCUAGGGCCGCCAUUGAGGCUGCUGAAGCAGCCAAGAGGAUAGCAGAGCUAGAAGGACAAAAAAGAAUUAAUGCAGAAAUGAAAGUAUUGCAAGAAUCAGAGGAGAAGAGAAAGGUACUUGAUGCUCUAGCACAAUCAGACAUAAGGUAUAGGAGGUACUCAAUUGAGGAGAUUGAAGCUGCCACUGACUUCUUCACAGAAUCCCGCAAGAUUGGAGAAGGGGGUUAUGGACCUGUAUAUAAGUGUUAUCUGGACCAUACACCUGUUGCAAUUAAGGUUCUUCGUCCGGAUGCAGCUCAUGGAAGGUCACAGUUUCUGCAAGAGGUUGAGGUAUUGAGCUGCAUACGGCAUCCAAACAUGGUUCUCCUCCUAGGAGCCUGCCCAGAGUAUGGCUGCUUGGUCUAUGAGUUCAUGGCUAAUGGGAGCUUGGAUGACCGUCUCUUCUGUCGGGGUGGCUCUCCACCCCUUUCUUGGCAACUUAGGUUUAGAAUUGCAGCCGAAAUAGGUACUGGCUUGCUAUUCCUACACCAGUCCAAACCAGAGCCACUUGUGCACCGUGACCUGAAACCAGGUAACAUCUUGCUUGACCGCAACUUUGUCAGCAAAAUUAGUGACGUUGGCUUGGCCAGGCUAGUACCCCCAUCUUUGGCUGACACCGUGACACAGUAUCGGAUGACAUCCACAGCUGGCACAUUCUGCUAUAUAGACCCAGAGUAUCAGCAAACAGGAAUGCUUGGAGUAAAGUCUGAUAUAUAUUCCAUUGGCAUCAUGUUUCUACAACUAAUAACAGCUAAACCACCAAUGGGCUUGACUCACCAUGUUGAAAGGGCUAUUGAAAAGGGAACUCUUACUCAGUUGCUAGAUCCAGCUGUGACUGAUUGGCCAGUUGAAGAGACCUUGUGCUUUGCUAAGCUGGCACUCAAAUGUUCGGAGUUAAGGCGGAAAGACAGACCUGAUCUUGGCAAAGAUAUCUUGCCAGAACUCAAUAGAUUGAGAGCAAUUGCUGAAGAAACUAUGCACCCCACCUUGAUGUUUAGCAGCCCGAGCCUCUCACCUGCCCACAGCCAAGUUUCCUUGCAGCUAGACGAGGAUCUUCCACAUGAACAUUCUGAUCUGAGCUCCAAAUAUUCAAGCACUCUAUAACGGGGGAAAUGUAAAUUUUGUAGAUAAUAAUUGAUGUCCAUAUCAUCUUUAACUCUUAAAGCAAUGUUAGCAAACUGCAUCAUCUCAACUUGCAUGUUGUCAACCCCCACAGAAUGUAUAUUAGUGUAGCCACAACCUCUUUGAGUUAUCCAUUGUUGUUGUCUUCAUUAAGAAAUCGGAAAGGUUCUGCAGAGAGGCAACCGCAAAAACAGAAGUUUCUAGUUCCAAAAUUAGGCAUCAAACAGGCAACAAGAUCCAUUAAAUGCAGGUUCCCCAUCUGGCACUAAUGUUGUCUUGUAAAUUUACGUCCAUUUCAUGAGCUGGUAGUUAUUAAGGUUGUUUGUGAAAUUUUAAAAUUUCCAGGCUGAGGAUUGUCUUACUAGGUCUUUUUUUUAUAGUUUUUUUUUUUUUUUUCAAAAGGUAUAUAUCCUGUUUUAGAAUUCAAACUUCAAUGUACU